UGCGCCACUUGUCCUUGCCCCAAGCCUUUAGAAACACGCUGGUUUCAAGUUGCCGAGCGCCCCCACGAGACCGGAAGCGAAGCAGGACGAUGGGCCCUUGGCGCAGAGCGUGCUGGGUUUUGUAGUCUCGUCCGCUCUCCCCCGCCACCGAGCUUCGGUCUCCCAGCGGCCCCUGCGAACGGGCGCGGCAGACAGGCUGACGGGCUGGCGGGCGGCAGGGGGGAAUCGAGUAACUCGCGAUCGAGCGAGGGAGCGCGGAAGCCCGGACGGGGGUCGGUUCUCCGCAAGAUGGCGGACCGACGGCGGCAGCGCGCCUCGCAGGACACGGAGGACGAGGAGUCCGGAGCCUCGGGUUCGGACAGCGCCGGUUCCCGGGGCGGCGGCGGCGGCGGGGCCGGCGGAGGCUCCUCGUCCUCGCUGCGCGGGGGCCGAUCCGGGGGCCUCAACUCGCGGCGGACGGAGGGAGGCGGCCUCCGGAGUCCGGAAGAGUCGGAGUGUGAAAGUGAGGACUGCAUAGAAGGCGAUGCUGUUCUCUCCGAUUAUGAAAGUGCAGAGGAUUCAGAAGGAGAGGAAGAAUACAGUGAAGAGGAAAGUUCCAAGGUGGAGCUUAAGUCAGAAGCUAAUGAUGCUGCUAAUUCUUUGGCAAAAGAAGAGAAGGGAGAAGAAAAACCUGACCCAAAAGGCACUGUGACUGGUGAAAGACAAAGUGGAGAUGGGCAAGAGAGCACAGAACCUGUAGAAAACAAGGUGGGUAAAAAGGUCCCAAAGCAUUUGGAUGAUGAUGAAGAUCGGAAGAACCCUGCCUAUAUCCCACGGAAAGGGCUCUUCUUUGAGCAUGACCUCCGAGGCCAAACUCAAGAAGAAGAAGUCAGACCCAAAGGACGACUGCGGAAGCUGUGGAAGGAUGAGGGCCGGUGGGAACAUGACAAGUUCAGAGAGGACGAACAAGCGCCCAAGUCUCGGCAAGAGCUCAUAGCCCUCUAUGGUUACGAUAUUCGAUCGGCUCACAACCCUGAUGAUAUCAAACCCCGGAGAAUCCGUAAACCCAGGUUUGGAAGCUCUCCACAGAGGGAGCCCAACUGGGGCAAUGAUCGGCCAAACAAGCCUCCCCGUCACCAGGGCACUGGGGGAUCCUCCUUGCCACCAAGAACAUUUGUCAAUCGUAAUGCUGCUGGUACAGGCAGAAUGCCUACAUCUAGGAACUUCUCUCGAUCUGGGGGCUACAAGGAAGGAAGGACCGGGUUUAGGUCUGCAGAAAAUGGUGGACCAUAUAGCAUUCGUUCUAAUGACUCUGUCAACCAUGAACAUGGUUAUCGUUCUCGGCGCCUGGAGUACACCUCAGCUAGGGACCCAUCCCCCGAAAUGGAGUCUUCCCGUGUGUUUGGCAGCCCUGAAAAAGAGGAAGAGGCUUCAGAGCCUCCUCCCCCUGCCCCUGAAACUGUACCACCACCCCCAGACAGACCUAUUGAGAAGAAGUCCUACUCUCGAGCAAGAAGAUCCAGAAACAAAGCUGGGGAUGCAAGCAAGUUGGCAGAGGAAAUGCCACCUCCUCCAGAGGGGCCGGCCCCUGAACCUCCACCCCCCCCAGCUACCCCACCACCACCACCAUCACCACCACCACCACCACCACCACCACCACCACCACCACCACCACCUUCAAAGACUUCGAACUGGGAGGCCCCAGUGGAUUCCAGCACAGGAGGACUCGAGCAAGACAUGACCCAACUGAAUCUGACUGAACAGAAUUGGAGCCCAGGGCAGCCUCAAUUCCUACAACCAAGGGAGCUUCGAGGUAUUCCCAACCACAUGCACCUGGGAACAGGCCCUCCACCUCAGUUUAACCGUAUGGAAGAAAUGAGUGUUCAGGGCAAUCGAGCCAAACGAUAUUCAUCCCAGCGUCAGAGACCUGUCCCUGAACCACCAGCCCCCCCUGUGCACAUUAGUAUCAUGGAAGGGCACUACUAUGACCCAUUGCAGUUCCAGGGACCAAUCUACACCCACAGUGACAGCCCUACCCCGAUGCCUCCUCAGGGCAUGAUUGUACAACCAGAAAUGCACCUCCCUCACCCUGGUUUACAUCCCCAUCAGACGCCAGCACCUCUGCCCAGCCCGGGUCUGUACCCCCCACCAGUGUCCAUGUCCCCAGGACAGCCACCGCCCCAGCAGCUGCUUGCCCCUACCUACUUCUCCGCUCCAGGUGUCAUGAACUUCGGCAGUCCCAGCUAUCCCUAUGCCCCAGGGGCACUGCCCCCUCCCCCACCUCCUCACCUGUACCCCAAUACCCAGGCUCAGUCUCAGGUGUAUGGAGGAGUAACCUAUUAUAACCCAGUCCAGCAACAGGUGCAGCCAAAACCUUCUCCACCCAGGCGGACAUCCCAGCCAGUCACCAUCAAACCCCCACCACCUGAGGUUGUAAGCAGAGGUUCCAGUUAAUUUGAAUUUCUAAAUACUUUCAAUCUAAUACCACAUAAAAAAACAGCAGAAGUGAGAACUCAGAAGAUAAAAGAUCCAUCAGGCCACCUACUGCAGGGAGUGCUCUGACAAUAUUGUGGCCCCCAUCAGCAGGCAGACUUGUUACACACCCAGAAUGAAAAGCAGCCUUACCUCUUCUUGGACACCUUUCUCCUCCAGCGGGAGUGGCUGUCUGUACUCAGGGCAGGGAAGGCCCUAGUCAGCCAGCCAGCCAGCUCAUGUGCCCUUCCUUGUCUCUAGACCUAGAAGCUCGUGUCUCUGCUGCCAAUCUCCCCCUCCUUCCAUCCUGCCCUGGGACUGAAAUGCCCUUCCUUCCCACGGUGGGCACCCUCUUGUCCUUUCCUUGUUUAAGAUGUUGAAUGAAAAAACCUUUUCUCGCUGUUUAAUAUUCUUCCUUUUUCCUUUAAAAAAGAAAUGAAAUGAACUCAUUCUACUCAGCUUACCAACUCCUCUGGGUUCCCUUUAGAUUCCCCACCAUGUCCCUCCCAGUUGAAAAUGAAUGUACCAACCAGCUCUUUCCCCACCCAGGGUCUUCAUAGGAGCUGGCCUUUCUUUGGUUUUGUUGGUUUCUCUUGUUCUUGUUGUAUGUUUUUUAAUUCUAACUCUUCCUAACCCUAUGGACACAUAGCUCUCAGCGGAGUAUAACUGAGAAAGGCCCAGGGUCGAGAGAAGUGCCCUACCUUCCAUUUUCAGCUUUUAGGGAUUUGGAUCCCACUGUCUGCUGUGAUGGGUCUUAGUUUAGAUAGGUGCAAUUUCUCUGCUUUUGGAGAGAGGCAAUAGAUCUGGUGCUCUUGGGAGUGGGAAGGGUAGGGUAAUGGUAUCCUCCCCCUUCUCCUCCCGUAACCAUCCUUAGGGCUGUCUCAUCAUAGUGCCUAGGGCAGAUCAAUGCAAUGAAGUGGGAAGAGCUGGAGGCUCUUGAGCCUCCUUCCUCCCACCCCCAUUUGCUGCAGACCAAGGCCUCCCUCAAGGCAACUGCUUCCGAGGGUCACAUUCUCAAGAAGCUCCCAUCCACUUGGCCCUGAGACCUGGGUGCAAUUCUCCCUGCACAUUUUACUUAAUUCCUUUCACAUUUUGAUAGCCUCUCUUUCAAUAAAAAAAAAAAACACAAAGGUAGCACAUCAGCCAGGCUCAAGGCCAAAAGGUAACCAGGUGCUUCUUGGGCUCAGGGCAACUUAACCCUUCUGCCUCAGCAGAAGACUUCAUCAAUGCAGUUGCCAGAGGCCACUUGGCUGCUACCCCCAACCUGCUACAAAAUCUGAGUGUAGUGACCAUUUCACCUCAGCAUAGUCACUGUUUAUCUAGUCUCUUCUGCUUUCUAGCAGCUUGGCUUGGUCAUUGGUCAUGGCCAUGGGCUCAAAUCAAAAAGUAUAUGUGGGGGGAGGGGGGUGGGACUCAGCCAUUUCCUUCCUAUUUGACAUAGUUAAGAAAAACCGCUCUGUUAGAAGCUAACUGGUGGUUGCCCCUUUUGUAGGCUGUUUUCUUGCUGCCUUGAGCCCAGGGGCCACAUGAUCAGUCUCCCAGACCUUAUAACACUGUGAUGGUUAUGUCUAUUGAACCAUGUGUUUUUCUCUGGGGUUUUCUUUUUUAAUUUUUUGUUGUUCUGAGGAGUGUUUAUUUGUGAUCUACAUUGUGACUUCCUGAUGAUAAAUUUUAGAUGGGAAAUCUGA